AUGCCUGACCCAUCGAGUUCAAGCAUAGAAGAACCGGCCCCUACAGACCAAAUGGAAGAUCUUUUCGCAGAAUAUGGUAUUAAUAGUGAUGUGGAGAAAAAGAAGAAAUUAGGAAAAUAUACGGAUCAACGGACUGAAUUCGAAUGGAAAGCAUUUAAAACAUUCGAAGACGGCUCCUUUGACGAGUUUAAAAAGGCUCUAAUAGCAGAUUACCCUGAUGCGCGAAAUGCAGGAAAAGGGACUUUAACUGGACUAAGAGCUGGCACAACAAAAAUUACUCAUGGCGCCGCCAGUACUGGCUGUCUGACAGAUUCCUUUGCUGAUCAAGUUAAGGCCAGUUUGAAUAUUGAACAAACUAGAGACCGAAAACAGAAAGGCAACGAGGAUGAGACCACUGCUAGAAGAGCUGAAGAUCCAUACGAUAUCAUAGACAUCAUAGACAUGGCAGAAACCAUCGCUGGACGUCUUACUGGAGACUCCCGAGACCACCCAAGCAACGCGAGAGCUGUAUCGACUGGUAGAUCAGUUCAAGCGCGCGAACGGGAAAUUAAAACGGAGCACGAUGAAUUCGAAGAAUUGCGAAGUAUUACUGCAACGUUCCUUGAUCAAAUUAAAGCGAUGAGUUCUGUAGAUGACAUCGCUGAUUGGCGUUCCAGCGGUAUCUUUGCUUAUCAGAUCUGUGCCGAGGGUGCCAAGGUCGCUACCUAG